AAGCAAUUUUCAUUAAUUUGUCAUUUUUUGUGUUCUGCAGUAUACAUAUACAUUAUUCGUUUACAUAAUUUUACAUUUUCUUCUAUCAAUAGUGCGAAAAAUUGAGUAACAUUUAACAACUAAUCGAUUUGCGUGAAUGUUUAUUAUUAAUUGUACUAUUUAAUUUGUCUUAAGCAUAAUUACUCUACCUAGUUGGCAUUAUAAAAUAAGUAAAAUUCCUAGAAUGGACUUGGAAUCAAUAGAAAAUCCAGUUAUUAAAUUGUUAUGACAAAUUACGUGGCUACUAUGGAAGAGAAGGCUGAGUUCCAACUUAAAGAAGGAUGUCGAUUAAAAGGCAACUCUUGUUGUGCUCUUAAACAUGCUGUGCGUUCACUUACAAAUUUAGAUGAUUUUGUUAGUGAACGUAUUGGUGAAGGUUUCUUCUCUGAAGUGUACCGUGUUACUCACCGGACCACUGGAAAAGUAAUGGUACUCAAAAUGAAUAUCAAACAAUCUAAUCGAUUCAAUAUGCUAAAAGAAGUGCAGCUUAUGAACAAACUUUCACAUCCAAACAUACUUGGAUUUGAAGGUGCUUGUGUAUAUAAAGGACAACUCCACGCAUUAACUGAGUAUAUCAAUGGCGGAAGUUUGGAACAAUUACUUGAGUCUGAUAUUGACCUAUCAUUUAAAGUAAGAAUGAAAAUAAGUCUUGAUAUUGCAAGGGGCAUGAAGUAUCUUCAUUCAAGAGACAUAUUUCAUCGUGAUUUAACUUCAAAAAAUGUUUUAAUUAAAAAAAAUGAAUCAAUUAAAGAUCUGACUGCCGUUGUAGCUGAUUUUGGACUAGCUGCAAAAAUACCAAAAAAAGGACAAAGGUUACAGCAAGUUGGAUCACCUUGGUGGAUGUCACCAGAAUGUGUUAAAGGCAAUGUAUAUAAUGAGAGCAGUGAUGUUUUUAGUUAUGGAAUUGUGUUAUGUGAAAUUAUCGCUAGAGUGAAAGCAGAUCCAGAUAUUUUACCUAGAACACAAAAUUUUGGCCUGGAUUAUAUAGCUUUUGUUGAGUUAUGUUCAUCUUGCCCUCCACCUACUAUGUUUCUUAAAUUAGCAUUUUCUUGCUGCCAUUUGGAUGCUAAAUCACGCCCAACAUUUAAAGAGAUUGUUCAACAACUUGAAGAAGCUAUUGCUUUUCCACUUACUGUAAGUUCAAAUUUAUCUGGGUCACGGAGAUGUCCAGUUGUUACAACUCGGUCAAAUCCUUGCUCAACAGCGAUGGUAGAAGCACGAAGUGAAGAGUUCCUGCUACAGAAUAAUGGGCCUGAAGAAAACAAUCACAAAAAAUUGUGUCAUAGUAGAUCAUUAUCAGAAGAUGAAGGAAUAUUGGCUUUUCCAGCACAUACUGCUCCAUCAGAUAAAGCCCGAUGUCAUUUUGUUCAACCUCUACGUUAUGUGGGUGAAAGUAUGUGUCGCCAAGAUCCUCAUUAUAAGCCUUGCCCGUCCAAAUCCAAUCCCUUUCAUAAAUUGGAUGCUAAGUUUCAAGGUGUUCGAAAGAUACUUGCUUCAACAAAUGGUUCAGAUUUAUUUUCAUCAUGUUGUGAAUUGCCAUCACCUGGUUAUGUGGAACUUGAUAGACGGUGUUCUUUAAGUGUAUCAAGUGGUAGUACACUUAUUGCUGAUUCUUCUACACCUAAAGGAAAACUUAGAAACAUUGAUAAAUCCUCAAAAAAAUGUCGUUCUACAUCUUUACCAACAUCUCCUCUAAUGUCUAGAGCUAGUGGAAGACGGUGGAUGUCAUUAACAAAUAUAGAAAAUACUACUAAAACAUUUCCUACUGUAACAGUUGAUUCAUGUUGGACCGAUCUCACUAUUCCUGUUAACUCUGGUGUAGCAAAUCUAAGACGGAGAGGCUCAUGCGAAUCCGGUUUUUACAGUAGUGUUUGUGAUGAUUUUUGUUUACCAGGACUUGAAUGUCAGCAUACAACCAAUGCUUCAUCAGUGACAUUGUCAUCUGGUUCAGCUACAUCGUCAUUGUUCCUUGACUCCACUGGUGAUGAGCAUCAUCUUAGACCUGGUGGUUAUUGUUUUCUACAUAAUAAUACGCAUCAUAGUUCAGAAGACUUAUCAACAUGUAAUGAAUGGGAAAGCCAUCAAAAAACUAGACAUAUAAGUAAAAUUGUUGAAUAUUUUGAAGAAAAACAGAGUCAACGAGAAACACAACCCUCUAUACGACCAAGACGUUCAGGUCUUGUAUCUGGAGUUUUACGACGAGCAAUAAACACAACUAGUCCAAAUGUCUGUGGCAAACGUAUUUUAGUUUGUGAAGGAGCUGUAAGGUCAAAACUAAAGCUUUUUGAUAGAAAAUAAAAUUUCUAUUCAGGGUGCUACUUACCAUUAAAAUUUUUUUUUUAAUUAUUUUUUUUUAUGGUUGGUUGUUUUCCAAAAUUUGUUUCAUCUAGUCAUAGGUACUACAAAAUGCCAAAACAGUAUAAUGUAUAUUUAACCAUAACAAUGAUAUUUAUUUAAAAUAGUUGCCAUUUGUUUCUUAUUUUUUGGUAAGCAUGUGGGGAUUUUAAAUGUGUAUAGAAGUUAUUUAUGU